AUGACAACGACAGCAGAGUCGGACAAAUUUCUGAGAGAGAUAACAUUACUCGGACAAGGAAAAAACAUUCCAGUGAAUGUAUUGUAUUAUCCAUAUAAGGAAGGAGAGAUGUACCCAUAUACACCAACACUAACAAAUCUGCCUUUCAGUCGUGUAAGUAAAAGAAAGGAAUUUCCUCUUCAUUCGUGUAAAUAUGAUAAAGACACGGCAGAGAAAAUCAGUAGAGAGGCUAAAGUCUCUGUGAGUAAAGUGUAUAACCACAACGAGAUGAUAUCAAACACAAAUGAAACGCAAAUAAUCGAGUCGUUGAAACGAAAGAAGUGCUUUGGCCAACAACAGUGGGACGAGAACAACCCUCUUGCGAUACUUCCAACAACAACAAAUUUCUCAACGGAAAUAAUCGCUUUGCUUUUAAAGUAUACAAAGGAGCGUACAGACGACAUUGCACUCCUCGCGAUAUCCUCUUGUGUUGUCAAUUGCAAACAAAAAAGUGAUUUACUGCUCUUUACAAAUGAACUCACCCCACAAACGGCUUAUGCAAUUUUUGUCGCAUUGUGGUGCAAAGACACGCGAAGUUCAAUGGCAGAGAUUUGUCGCGAAAAGAAGCUUGGAAUCAAACUUUUAGAAAUUUCGCUUUCGUUGAAUGGUAAGAAAGAAAGUGUUGAGGCCAACCUUUUCUUCCAAGUCUUAUUGGCGGUUGUAUUUUAUGUUGGGAUGUGUGGUAUUGACCACGACGUCGCAGAUAAUUUCACACAAAUUGUUAUCGCAAAUUUGGGGGACAUGUCGCCAGAAAGAGCAACUCUGGCGAUUUGUGUAGUAAAAAUUUUUAUCGCAACAUUUCAAGAUUUGUUACAAAUUUUGUCUGCGAUGAAAUUUGACCAAAUGAUGGAAAUUGUUGAUACCAAUUUGUCGACUCUGUGUCUCUUCAAGUUAGUCACAAAGUUUUUACCGACAGCUAAUAUCAACCCCAACUCCUAUUCUCUUGCCAAUAAAAUACUUAGCGGGUACCUCAUUAAAGCUUCCGAACCAAUCAACUCAACUCGUAUUGUGAAUCAACUAAUACAAACAGUAAUAUCGACGGGAAUGUAUCCAUUGGGCUACGAAUCAUCCGACCUCUAUGCUACAGUCUAUUUACUGUAUUGCUGCAUCAUCAACAACCACGGAGAGUUUGACGAGAACGACAAAUACUGCGAAGUUCUUCUGAACUUCUUACUUCCGAAAGUCGAGAACGAGUAUGACGCACCAAAGAAUGGACUCUAUGGAACUAUGUGUCCCAAAAGCCGAGAAAAGGUGAUGAAAAUGUUUAUCAUGUUAUUACAAAAAGCAACAAAUUUCAAAGAAAAAAUGGUCUUUGACCGACUUCGUGAUAUCCAGAAAUGUAAAGUCUCUUACGGGCUCUCAUCUAAACGGAAGUUUGUGAGUUACAUGAGUCAACUAGAGGCGACUGUCCUUAACGCGUUAUUUGAAGUUGAAAAGAUCCAACAAAUUGUGUUAAAUGGGGACUCGGAUUUGUCGUACGAUGCAGACAUAGCGACUUUCAUAUACGGCUUUAACCAAGUCGUCAAAUUGAAGAACAUCACAACGACGUAUUCUAUGAAUGACUGUCUGCAGUUAUAUCUUCAAAAGAUUUCCAGUGACGAAAUUGGAUGCGUUGAAAUUCCUCUUAACCAAAUAGAGGAGCAAACUGAAUUGAACAAGCCGAUUGAAAUUAUUCAAAUUGAAAAACAAAGCUAUUUGGAGACUUUUGAGCAACGUCCAAUUCGGUUGACAAUUGGAAAACACGUUUUGGUCUCUUCAGUCUUUUAUAGAGGGCGUGAAGAGAAUGAAGACUAUGUCAUUCUGCGACGUUUAAAAGACGGGAAUUACAAUGUUAAAAUGCGCAAUGGGAAUUGUGUUGUAUCUUAUGGCACCAUUAGUCUUUAUUUACUUAACAUCACACACGCGGAAACCUCAGACGUUUUAAGACCAAAAUUUCUUAUUUACGAAAAGACAGUCGCAUCAGAGAAUUUCCAAGAAGUCACGAAAAUAGUGACAAACUCCUUUGACCAAGCUUAUAAGGCGUUUGGGUAUAGUGAUUGGUACAACAAUGAUUACAACACAAUCGUCUUCCCUAUCUUCCUCCAACUAUGUACGUGGACUUUAACUCCAAAACUCUCGUGGAAUAACUCGGAGAAAGCAGUGUUGUCGAUAAAAAAACUCCAAACUGUUAAUAUUCGAGGUCUUGUGAUCAACUCGAUGUUGUUCUUCCACGACUGGAAGAACCUACAAAAACCAUUUAAAAGUGUUGCACUCAAAGAGGCGGUAUACACCUAUUUGCAAAUAUUUGGGAAAGCGUCACUACUUUCAACAGCGUGUAUUGCGUUCAAUGAGAUGGACCACAUCAAGUAUUAUGUCUACUCAAACAACAACUGUCUCUUCACCUCUCUCAUCAUGAGACUGAUGGUUUCUCUUGGAAGUGAGCCAUCACAACUCGAGACGUUGGCAUUCUGUAAAUUUCUAACAGCCAUUCAGUGUGUAAGUGAGAAGGAAGUGGAGAAUUCGUAUGACUCUCAAUUUAAUAUCGUCAUCUGUAAAUUGAUGGAGGCGACAGAACAAUUCCACACAUUCUUCUUUAAGACCAAAUUUGUUCAUUUCAUGCUCGGGGUGUUGCCCGAUAAAGGAGAAGAUAUUUACAGAGGAGCUGUGAAUGUCACUGCAAUAGUCCGAUUGUUGAUACGCGUGAGUUACACCGUGCAAAAAGAAGACACUGCUGUGACACAAGUCGACGAUUUGGAGAAGCUCAAAGCAAUUGUUUUCGACGAAGAAAUUAAACUUCUUUUAAUAAGAAAGAUGGGAUUUAUAAUUAAGAUGAGUGCAGAUAUGAGUCUUCUGGUGGGAUUACUUCAUAAGUUGUGUUUCAAUGAUGAAAGUGUCUCAGCUAAAAUAUGUAAUUUGAUAUUAGAACACUUGGAUUUUAAUGAGGACGAUGGCUGGAUUUACGCUUUAAAGGGGAUUGCAGAAAUUAAGGACCAAUUUUCGGACAAACGGAUGAUGACCAUUUGUAAUAGCAACAAAAUGGCGAAAUCAAAACUGGGAUAUGGAAAGCUGUCUGAAACUACUAUUGAGUCGUUUGUCGAUAUCUUCAAAAUGGCAAACGGUCCGGCAAGAAAGGUCGAGAACUUCUCGAAACUUCUUACUACGGUCGAGUCGUAUUUGGAAAAGACUUUGAAGGAAGACAAUAAGACGAAGGCGUGGCUUGGAAAUUUCAAUGCAGCGGAACUGGCACAAACGCUUGCGAGUGGGAAAGUCCCUUUUUAUGUCAACAAAAAGGUAUUAGGGUUGUAUGUAGACCUCCAACAUAUUAUUCAACAAGAAAUAGAUGAAGGGAACACAUUUUUCACAUUGAAGGAUUAUGGAUUCGAUAUGAUGCACCUUGUUUAUUUGAAAGCAAUUACAAAUCAAUGCAGAAGAGGAAGGAAUGCGCAAGUACCGAAAAAAGAGGUCGAGGAAAACACUCUUCCAUUUCAAUCAAGUCUUUCUGAUACACCACUUUCUAAUAUCGAGGAUAUAUUGUCGGAUAGCUCAGAUGUAACUCCUUGA